AUGACUGCGGACGAGACGGCGCACGUUGUUAUGCUCCUGGUCUUCCUGGCACACUGCUUCGUUCUCGACGAGAAUUGUCCGCUCAGGUGCUGGCAGAAGUACAUUUUCCGCAAAUACUGCACGCUGAAGGUGCUGGACGCGGCCACGUUCCGGAUCUUCCAGAUGCGGGACUUCCGCCUCAGGGUCUCGGAGCUACCGAUGUGCUCGUCAUGGCGGGGCGUUUGGGCCGUGCAGGAACGACUUCCAAGUCGUGCUGAAGCUCCACGACAGCAAGGGCUUCAACGGCAAGGUGCUCCGCAAUGGGGCGCCCGUGGUCCCGCACACGAACGGCCACCACCCGGCGCUCGCUACCCCGCAGACGAACGGCCACCGGGUCGCAACCGUGGACGGGCUGACGUGAGUUGGCCGCCGUUCUCGGCCUGCACGUCUACGAGGAGGGAACUCCUGGAGGCCUCUGAUUGUUACUGA